GAGCUGAUAGGAAUUUUUCAGUGAUAGUAGAGAAAGCUUGAGCUAAGGUCCCUGCUGAAAUCCUGCUUUCUUCUAGAGUUUGGGAGGAUUCUGCAAAUUGAGUUGGUUUGUUAGGUAAUGAACAUGCAAUUUUUAAGGGACCACUAGAUGAAUGUAGCACAAGUGUUGCUAAGGGAGCAUACUUCCCUUGAAGACUGAUGGACCACCAGGAGACUGCAGAUGUACAUCCCGGCAAAACUAGCAAAAAGCCAUUUGUGAUGAAGCCAAAGAUGCCCAGCUCCAUCAUACAGCAGAUGCCUCUAAGGAAACAGUUCAGCAGCUCCUCUGUUUCAGUCUGUGCCUUUCAGGGGGGACAGUCUCCAAAACACAAGACACUCCUAAACAAAGACAAAGGAAGAUUGGAGUCAAAGGGAGAAGAAAAUGGAUCUAAAACAAGUGCCAAACGUGACUCUGGUUCUCUGCUUCCCAGGAAAAUGUGGGGCACCUCAGAUUUUGAAUAUGGCAAGCCGCUUGGCAAGGGGAGAUUUGGAGCGGUGUACUUGGCCCGGGAGAAGACGACUCACUUCAUCUUGGCCUUGAAAGUCAUAUUCAAGUCAUCGCUAGAGAAAGCUCAGCUAGAACACCAGCUCAGAAGAGAGAUAGAAAUCUUAAGUCACCUCAGGCAUCCAAAUAUCUUAAGGAUGUAUAACUAUUUCCAUGAUCAGACACGGAUUUUUCUAAUGUUGGAAUAUGCUCCAAGGGGAGAACUGUACAAGGAGCUACAAAAGAAAAAACAUUUUGAUGACAUCAGAACAGCCACAUAUAUGGAAGAAAUAUCUGAUGCUCUGAUGUACUGUCAUGCUCAGAAAGUGAUCCAUAGAGAUAUUAAACCGGAAAACCUCCUGUUAGGAUUAAGAGGGGAGCUGAAGUUGGCAGACUUUGGCUGGUCGGUACAUGCACCAUCACUUAGGAGAACAACACUGUGUGGCACUACAGACUAUCUUGCUCCAGAAAUGAUAGAGGGGAGUCCGCACGGUGAGAAUGUUGAUGUGUGGUGUGUUGGUGUCCUUUGUUAUGAGUGUCUUGCGGGAUACGCACCGUUUGAAGCACCAACUCGCACGGAGACUUUCAGAAGAAUACAAGAGGUGAACUUUGCAUUUCCUUCUUGGGUGUCCGAUGGAGCCAAGGACCUAAUCUCCAAAGUACUAAACCAUAUACCUUCAUUGCGGCUUCCCUUGAAAGAAAUAAUAGUACACCCAUGGGUUAAGGCUAACUCUAGGAGAAUCUUGCCACCUGUCUACAACGAAGACUAAAAGCUUGUCCUGCAUCUUGAAGGCUGUUGACCACCCUGCACAUACCUCUGUCUUUUUAGGUAGCUGGCUGCAGCAGUAGAUAGACUGGACCAAUUAUCAUGCUCUUGCCUUUACCUAAACCUGGGGUGGGAAGCUUGUGCCACAGUGGAUGAUGUUGGAUUCAGUCUCCCAUUAUUCCUGACCAUUGGCCAUACUGGCUAGGGCUAAUGGGAGCUGGAGUCCAACAUCAUCAGGAAUGCCACAAGGUCCCAUUUCUCCUAAACCAUUCCUCUUUUGCAAAGCAUUAUCACCACUACUGGUGAUAUGAUCUACUGUAUCUGUGGAAUAUUAAGCAGCAAUGUAAAGGGGGGGAGAGGGGAAGCUAAGCUUUGUAUCAUUUUAAACUUUAAAAAAAGAAUAAAUGCGUGUUAAUAAAUCUCAGACU